UGUCUCAGCAGAAGUGAGGGUGGGAAAGCCGUCUUGAGCACGACAUCUUCCACAGAGCAGUCUGAGUCUCUGUUGACAUACUGUGAGGAUAGACACACGAGGAGUAUCCUACUGAUGUGAGGACAGGAGUGAACCGUGAAGAUUUUGGGAUCGUGUAUGUGUAUCGGUGUGUGCCUCCAUUCUACAGAUACGCAUUUGGGGAAUAAGAAUGAUGUAAAAUGUGGGAGGGGGCAGCUGUGCAGAGGGAGGGAAGAUCUGAGAUGCGAUUAUAAGGAAUCUCUUGUCUAGUAUUCUAGAAAUGUGCCAAAAAAUGACGAUACUGCGUAAGGCAAUGGACUGAGGAAAACUUAUAAGCAUCCAUAAGGAUAAACGGUUGUUCUAAUAGAGUGGUAUUUAUUUUAACACAAGUGAUACAUGGGCGGAAGUUUCGAAGCCUCGAAGUGACUUUCAUCGCGCGUGAGACGUGUCCUGUGACCGCUGAUGCGGCAGACGUGACUGGGAGUUAGGGCAGCUAAGCCCCUGAAAAAUGCAACAUCCUGGACCUCACUAUGGGACUGCUGCCAUUCCAGGAAUUACCGGGACGUGGGUCCCUGCAGGAAUCAGCAGCCCCGACUGGGGCGCCCAACAGCCCCUUCCGUCAUACUCAACACCGAUGAAGGAAAUGGAAGCAUGUCUGCAGAGUGCGGGGGACAAGUGCCGGGACUUCCCAGGCGGCAAGACGACGGCCGGCGGAACGGAGGACGCCGUGCAAGACACGGGGACGGCAUCGGCGAGCAAGAAGAAGUGCGCCCUGCCAGUUCACCCCAAGCUGCUCAACACGGGGGCCGCCCUCGAGAUGAAGCCGCUGUGGGACGAGUUUAACGAGCUCGGCACAGAGAUGAUCGUCACAAAGGCUGGCAGACGAAUGUUCCCAACUUUCCAAGCGAGACUGUAUGGGCUGGACCCACAGGCUGACUACAUGUUAAUGAUGGACUUCGUACCGGUUGAUGACAAACGAUACCGAUAUGCCUUCCACAGUUCGAGCUGGGUGGUGGCUGGCAAAGCGGACCCCAUCUCACCCCCCAGGAUACACGUACACCCCGAUUCCCCCGCGACGGGUGCCCAGUGGAUGAAACAGGUCGUGUCCUUCGACAAACUGAAAUUAACCAACAAUCAGCUGGACGACAACGGUCAUAUCAUCCUGAACUCAAUGCACAGGUACCAACCCCGGUUCCACGUGCUGUACAUCCCGCCCAAAUCCGAGAUGACGGACACCGCACGCACGGAAAACUUCAAGACCUUUAUCUUCCCGGAAACCAGGUUCACCGCCGUCACGGCCUAUCAGAACCACCGGAUCACACAACUCAAAAUCGCGAGCAACCCUUUCGCGAAAGGAUUCAGAGACUGUGAUCCAGAUGAUUGUGGAGUGGAUGUCCUCAACCAUCUGCAGUUAGGGACACAUCAGAGACUGAGGAAUCCAUCCAGGGGCAGUAAUCCUGUACCUACCUGCAGUGUCCAGUUUGGAGCAAAGGAAACCAAAGAGAACGACGGAGAGACGUCGGUGGCUCCCCCACCCCGGACGUCUCCGCACACACCCAACACGAGCGCCGCUCCUCCGAUGUUAAGUGCCACUCCGUAUCCUGCGGAGCUGUGCACUUAUGGCCCCGUCUACCACCACCACCACCUGCACCAGGCGGCCUACACUUCCAUCAGUGCUGGCGGAGUGCCUAGUGGUCCCAGUGCAUACGGCAGUCCUGUGAAGUCCCCGGCGUCCACAGCGGCAGCAGUGUUGAGAGCAGGCACCAUGGUUUCUGCGGCAACUCCGGGCCCCUAUGGGGGUCGAGGGGCCACUGUUAGUCCCUCAACAGCAGUGGGGCUCUACCAUGCUACGGGAUACCAUCACCAGGGAUUUUAUUCUCCUCCGACGGGAAACAACGGCACCAACGUUACAACACACCAUAGACCCAGUGCUUAUCACGAGUACACCCCGAGAUAGUGCUAUGACGGUGAGACAAGAAAAUAGUUUGUUCUGUGGACGAGAAAGAUGAAGGAGCCAUGUGUUUGGUGCGUGCACUUCCUUCGACAUUUGUGUAUUUGUGGAAUAUGAAUCACAAGUGCAUUGAUGAUAUUCCAUCGAAUUUUUGUUCGUUCGUAUAAAAGUGAAACUGUUUCGGAUACGCUAGGAUUUAGACAUUGAACAUAUUCAACUGAUGUAAAGCCAAAGAAUGAUGGUCAAAGAAGGUAAAUAUAUAAGGAAAAUAUAGUCAAACUAUUACUAUGACAUUUGGUUCAGUUACACAGAAAUGAAAGUAUUCUCUUUUAGAGAAGGUACAGACAAAUAAUUAUGGAAAAGCUACGAUGGCAAGGUUUUCCUUUUGCUUACAAAGGAAUUAAUUUGUUAUGAGUUAUGUUUGAUAGACCACUUGAACCGCAACCAAACAUUAAAGUGCCGUAAGUGGAAAAUUUUAAGGCAGAUUUAAUCAAUGAAUUACGGAGUAAGAUAGCAGUAGAUACACUCUUCCUCGCCACAGAAUUUUUGUACAUUUUAACUGCAUAGAAACCACAGAAUAGCAGGCUAAAAUAAAAACUUGUAAGUCGAAUAUAAUCAAUAUUACGGCAGUGUGGCUUUUCUUUCCGUUAUACGGAUACAUUAUUCAGAAUUUAUUAUCAACUCAAUUAAUUCCAAACGACAAUGGCCCCAAAAGUACAUUUAUAAGUCGGAUAUAAUAAAACCAGGAAUACUCGUAUUAGGGCAGUAGGCUUUCCUAUCCGAAAUGUAAGUUACACGGAGUUUCCCAGGCCACACACUUCUGUAUUAUUCAACUGAAUUAAAAGCAAAUAAGAGACUGCAGAGAGGGGCACAUUUAAGGAAAAUGUAAUCAAACCACUGUGAAAACACCGCUGCACAUUUAUUUGAAUUUCACAUUAUUCAAACGAGUUCAAGCCCAGUAAUUAAUAGUGGCUCGAGAACAAACAUAUAAAUUAUCAAAUCAAUACGAAAUUAUCUGAGUACAGUUUUCGGUCCAAUUGUACAGAAAUAAAAAAGCAGUCUGUUGUGAAUUCGCUAGGUCAUAAACGUUAAUUGUCUAAUAUUCAUCUGAACUGAAGACAGAGCUUGUCAAAAGAAGUUAACUUUCGCUUUUACUGAUCCAGUAGAACGCCUAACUUGACAAGAAGUUCAAAUCGAACUUUAUUUCUCAUCUUAUAUGUAACUACUUUUCGUUAUUUUCAUCUCUCACUUGUACCGAUGUUCGUGUACUGCAAAAGUUGCACAGAAAUCAGGAAAUUCAACGCCAUUUAUAGAACCCGAAGGUUCAUUGCCGUCUUAACAACAGCCCGCCACUGGUCAUCCUGGGUCAGUGGAAUCCUGUUUACACCUCACAUCCUAUUCGUUUAAAAUACAUUUUAAAGUCUGCUAAUGAUGAUAGUCACUUUUAUUUUAAUUACUCAUUCACACUGGAUAGUAAAUAGGCUACAAUUGUGUAAAAUUCGGAAGUUAUGUGAUUAAUAAACUCCAAAUGAGACUUCCCAUAAGUAAUGUGAUAGAGAAGUAUUUUAUAUGGUCAAAUAUUUUACUUGUGAAAAUAAUGUAAUUAUACACAAAUGGAAUUAUAUCUUUUCACUAAUUUA